AUGUCUGGCCUUGAUCCAAACUGGUAUCCUGCAACCAUCACAGGAUUUGGCGGUGCCUUUGCCCUUGUACAACAGGUCCCCUCGGCAGGAUUCGGUGCCAUCCUCUUCAUGCGUGUCCGGUUGGUGGUGCUCUCGCGCCAGGAUCCGAUAAAGUGGGUUCUGCUUGUUCUUCCAUUCUACCAUGCUCUUACCGCUGAAAUCCUGGCCUUGUUCAUGGUCCUCGGUGGUGGACACGGCGUUCCAAGCUCGACGACCGAGGUGCCGGCAGACCCCUGCGGUAUUACCCAUGGUGUCUUUGCUGGUGUCACAGCGCUGACUUGUUGUGUCUUACUACUAACGCAGGGAUGUCAACUUCCUCGGUUGCUCCAGCGGUCGCUAAUUGACACAGCCUGGCCAAGGAAGACCGCCGCCUCGGAUUCUGGCACUCCCAUGGCCCUCUUCCCAGCUUGCUACCAAGGUUAA